UUCCUAACCUCCAAUACCAUCAUCCAUCAUUUGGUGGAUUCCCCUAUUCUACCUUUACGCUUCCUUUACCUUGUUAUUUCAUCGUUGCCUACAGCAUUUCAUAUAACAUUGGCCAUCUUUAUACACUAUAGCGAUACCAUGACCCAUCUAUCAGAUUACUCUUUUACACAACGAGCCAUUGCAAAUGGCUGGUUUUACGUUUGGUUUGUAGCAUACGUAUUUCGAUAUGACCGCUUCGGUGCACUAAAUCCCAGACGCAUUCUGCGUUUCGAACUUCGUAGCAUCGUCACAUUGCUAUUACUGAUAGCCAUCCCAUUACAUUUAUCAUAUGACAUAGGAUGUGCUGUUAUUAAAUAUCAAGAGGGCUUUUGGUCUAAUCCUAACUCAGGACAGAUCAUCUCUCGACCAUCCUUCCUUUGGGCUCCAUCAAAUCAGGACCAAGCCUCAGUUUUGGAUUAUGCACUUGCAUGCGCCAUUGCACUGUUGACGAGCAUAUUCUUCUUGCUCCAAGCAUUCUAUCACUAUAUCUCCAAAUCCGUCACAAAGUCGUCCUUCAUGUCAAGUUUUGAAUUUCGACUCAACAUUAUUUGCUCGCUGAUAGUCCUCGUAGUAUUUCCAACCAUUCAAUUCGUUUUCAGGAAUAAUCAUGCGUACAGAGAGGCUGCACCGCAGAUGGCUUUCAGUAUCGUGUUGUUGGCCAUUGCCUUCUUAGGAUUCAGGACUCAUUUCCGAUUCAAGUCUUUGCUCAAGAACGCUUUGCUUACAAUCAACGAGAAUACACAAGGUGUGGCUGAGAAACUUGAGUAUUUCAAGGAUAUGAAUACAAUUCUCACGGGUGCUAUGCUUGGGUCAGGAAUAGCACUGGGCGUGUCCUCUGCAGAUGGCCUGACUCCAAAUCCAGUAAUUGCUCAUAAUAAGUUUGCAUCCGAUUUUUUGGUUACAAAUGUCAACUUUUUCGAGUUUAUUAUCUGGGUAACCUUGGUCUUGAUCUUCUAUCCACGUCGAUCUAUCGUUGGUACUGCGUUUGGAGUAUCCAGUGGAGGAGCAGGAAGUGUCACACGCACUGUACCCACAAGUACUCGUCCUCAAAAAAGCCAAGUUGACAAUAGCGACACAAAGUACAGUAAUGGUAAUGGCACCAACAAUGCACGAUCUAGUCUUGUUCCUUACAGAGCGCCAGAUGAGUCAAACAUUUCUAAAUCCGAUUACAUUGAUAUUGAGAGAUCCGGCUCCACCCGUCACAAUCAUGGCGGUUAUAAUGACAACGAUACCUAUCCCCUCACAAAAGCUGUGGGACAAGAUGAUAGUGGCGAUGCUAUGCAACUCAACACGUUUAAAAUAAUGCACGAUGAGCGGUCUUUGAGCCGGAACUCGGUUGCUGGCUCCCUAUCUUCAGUCUCUCCCCGAUAUCAACAGCAAGUCAUCUCUAGCGUACCACAAUCCCCUCGCUCACCAGUUUCACCAACUCUGUCUUCACCACGUCGCAAUGGCGCAACCUCACCAACACCAUUUGACCUUCCAUACCAUCAGCGGAUUGCUGGUAGAGGUACUAUGACAAGUCCAGGAAGUCCAUCAUUCGGCUCUGCAGUACCUCGUCAACCUGCUUCUGCUGUUACUGCCCCUGAAAUCACACAUGUAGGGCAACAUGCGUUCAUUCUUGAAGAAGCACCUAGAAGUUCACGUCAACGCACUAAACUCGCCACGCAAACUCAAUGGCAGGAAGGACAAAGACAACAACAACAGACCACAAUAACUGAUUAUAAUCAAGCAAGGCCUCUAUCCCCUUCUACACCCACUACACCCACAAUACCCACUACACCCAUGCGUGUCAGGAAAGAAUUCCGGAGUCCUCCUACCUCUUGAAUAA